AUGCAGCAUAACAAAGAUGAAUCCAGUCAGUCCAAUUUCACCUUUAAUUUGGUAUCUGUGGAAAGAUCCAUCCUCCCAGCAUUCGCUGCUGGAAGUCUAAUUAAAGGGAUCAGGAAAUGCAUAAUCUGCAUCGUUUAUCUGUCGCCUGGGGUUAAUAUUACACAGGUAUAUUAUCCUCUCUUGAUACAGGUUACUUGCCCAAAUUCCUAAUCUUUAGAAUCUUCUAGAACCUUUCAAGUGGUCGAACAAAAUUUAACAUUCAGUAUAUCACGCAAGCCAUCCAAAAGUUUUUUUUUUUUUUUUUUAAUCAGAUCUUAAGAAACGUCCUCUAAUAAUGAUUUAGCCACGACAAUAGGUUCGCUCACAUAAUAUAGGAAAUGUUUCAAGCUUCGCGGUGGUUGAAAAUAAAGACCAUAAGAAUCCGAAAUCACAAACAUAAGAUUCUUCUUCUCGAUUCUUUUUUCAUACGACAGAGGUUAAAAAUAAUUUAUCAUGCGAUGCCAUGUUUUCUUCCUUUUCAUUGGCCGAAAGCCCACCACUUGACCUGCAAGUAAGUGCCUACAAAUAAUAUAAUGGUCUGCUAAUGCGCAAUGUCGUGCAACUGUGUUUGGCUGCAAAUAAUAUUCUGCUCACGCGUAAACGGAACCACGCUUUUCUCUUUCUUACGAUCACUUUUGCGUGAAAAAAGGCAGAUCACCUCGCUUCCCGAAGAUUUUCAUUAAAAACAAACUUGGUGAUCGAAUGAUAAGAAAAUUAUUACCAAAUCUGAAACAAAACAAAAGAAAGAUGAUUUAGGGUGCAAAUAUAGAAGUGUUUCUUUUGAUAUUAGUACACGAGUUUGGUUACAUAAUUUCAUCUCUUUUUGGAUAUGAACGAGUUGAACAAAGUAGGUCAUUCAAACUACGUAUUAAGAGUAUCACAAGAGUAGGUUUAAUGCAGUAAAUUUGAAGUCUCUUUUCCCUUUCCGGACCACUGCUUCUCAGUUAUUUCUGUUUGUUUUUCCUUCCAUAGUUUGCUUAAAAUAUUAGACUACAGCGCUUCGCUUGUGCGUCUAAACCUUUUUCUUUGCUUAAUUUAGCGUUUUUUGACUCCUCCAAUCGUACUUGCGACUCCCAGUCAUCAGUUUCCAGGGAGACCUCAAGACGCCAUGGCAGUUUGGGUAGAGGACCUGACCAAAGACAGUUUUAAAGUCUGUCUCAGGGAAGUGAAGAUUUUUGAUGGACUUCACAAAGGCAUCAAAAUUGUGAGUACAAUUUUGUACCUAACUGGGGUCUCAGCCCAAAACCUCCGUGAUACAUAUUCGCCCUUCUGAACCAUGUACUCUGAUUGUGUAUGCAACGCAAGAAGAUUACUGGUUAUUAUAUUACAACAUGAGAAAUUUCUGCAAUUUGAUUGGCUCAGAGCAGUGGAAUUUCAGCCUAAGUAAUGAUCCAGGUAAGGUGGAUACCAAUUUCUUUUGUUAUGCGGCAACGGUGCUUUCCCCACACAGAAAUGUUCUCAUUUGUACACAGAGAAUGCAUAAACCUACAUGAAGGCCGUUUACGCAAUAAAAUGCAUUUACACUCCACUUUGAAAGGGUGUUUUUUUGUGUUAAAAGAUUUUAACCAAUCACAAGAGUUGAAAACAAUAGCCAAGAAAAGUUUACAAUUGUACAUGUUCCCCACAUAGGAUUUCUUUGUUAUUCAAACUGAGACCAGAUUUUGUUAUAUGGAAGAUGGUUGGAAUGUAAGGAUGAAUAUAUGUACCGCUUUAUGAAGUACAGACAAGAGAAAAAUUAGCACCUUUUUUGCAUUCCAACAUGUUCGUUGCUGUUGUUGCUAUGAAUCGUUCUUAUCUGGACCGUUUCUUAAUUUGAAAUACCUUCAUGUGAAAAUUACAAAACUUUUGCGGGUAGUAGUAUAAACAUAUUAUAGCAUGAUUUGUACGUGAUAUUUGCCAUAAAUACCACUCGUGAUAUUUCAAAAUUCUCUCAAAUUUCACUCGCCUAACGGCUCGUGAAAUUACGUAUAACAAUUUCGAAAUAUCACUCGUGGUAUUUAUGCCAAAUAUCGCCACAAAUCAUGCUAUUACCUAUAGAAAUUUUUUAAGGGCCUGUUUACAUGGAGUGGGGGGCCCCAGUUGGGGUUGGUUUCUUUUGUUUUCACGCUCUGGAGGACACAAAACAAAGAAACUUACCCCACUAGACCGGGGUCCCUCACUCCAUGUAAACAGGGUCUUAGGGCCUGUUUAUAUGGAGUGGGGGACCCCGGUCUAGUGGGGUUAGUUUCUUUUGUUUUCACGCUCUGGGGGACACAAAACAAAAGAAACUUACCCCACUAGACCGGGGUCCCCCACUCCAUGUAAACAGGGUCUUAGACAAGAGCUGCAAAACAAACUUUUUCAAAGAUUCAUUUCAUAUAUAUCAAAUGUGUAAGUUUGCAUUUCAUAACACUUUGCGUUUUUAGCGUUAUAAUUUUUAGUUCAACCUGUUAAAGAACCGUUCAGAGAGUUUUUUAUGCAAUUUGUUUAACGUCUAUUAGCAAUGUAAGUAGCUGUUUUUGUAAAGAUUCCAAUAAAAAAUUCAUUGGCAGAUGUUAAGGGCUAUUAAAAAUACGAACGAGCGGUUUGGCCUUGUCUGAUGAAACAUUUUAUUCUUAUAGAACUGGAUGGCUUAUACAAACCUCACAGUCGAAAACUUCACCUUAUCUGACAGUCUUGAGUUUACGGAGAAAAAGUUGCCAUCUCAACAAGAUGACAAUUCCUUUUGCCAGGUACAGUAG